GAUUGCCAGUCAAAAUUGAGAAAGGGCACUCAAAUCCCGGAUCUGAAGGCAGAGAGUUACAGACAGACUGUGCGAGUAAUUCAAGCAAAAAGCGAAACGAAUUAAUGGCUGAUGCUGCAGUGAGUUUUGUGGUGGAGAAACUUGGUAAUUUGAUAGUGCGAGAAGCCAUCAAUUUUCGUGGAGUGAGAGGCGAAGUGGAGUGGUUGAAACGAGAACUGGAGACAAUGCAGUGCUUCUUAGAAGAUGCAGAUGAAAAGAGUAGCAAGGGAGAUGAUGAGAGGAUCAAGAUUUGGGUUAGAGAUAUGGGAGAUUUGGCUUUUGAAAUCGAGGCCAUAAUUGACACUUUAUUGGAUUUUCAUCUCCGUAGACAACAGAAGAAGGAGCAGGGUCGCACUGGUUUCAUGGAAAGGUUUAUAUUUAUAUUUGAUGAAUUGGUCUGGAGACGCAAGGUUCAUGUGGAUGUUGAAGGGAUAAAAGCUAAGUUGUACGACUUAUUUGAAAGGAGAGAACGUUAUGGCAUUGCUAAUAAAGUUGAAACACAUGGCACAACUAGUCAGUAUAGAAGAAGUCAAGACAUGAUCCCUAAGUUACCUCAACUGAGUGAUGAAAUUUAUAUUGUUGGGUUUGGUGAUGAGAAGAAAAAGAUUGUACAAGAGUUGGUUGACAUAAACAAUACAAAUCGGUCAGUGAUCUCUAUCGUGGGUAUGGGUGGUCGGGGAAAGACCACACUUGCUAAAUCCAUUUAUAAUGAUCAUGAAGUCAGGAGAAGUUUUAAUAUUUUUGCAUGGGUAAUCAUAUCUCAAGAAUAUACCAUCCAUGAAAUUUUGAAGAGAAUCGCAUCAGAAGUUUCAGCAACUCCAACAAUCCAAGGUCUCUCAGUUGCUAUUUCUGAAAAGUUGGAGAAAUUCAAGUACUUGAUUGUUCUUGAUGAUGUUUGGGAAGUAGAUGUAUGGGAUCAAUUACAAAGAGUUUUUCCAGAUGUUAAUAAUGGAAGCAGAGUUAUUAUCACUACUCGCAUGUUUAAUGUCGCUAAGAUCGCAGAUCCUACUGCUCAACCUCAUACUUUGCGUGCCUUAAAUGAAGAGGAGAGCUUGGAGUUGUUUCUUCGCAAGGCUUUUCCAACGCAAGAUAUUGGAACAUAUUGCCCGAUAAAUUUGGUUGAAUAUGCUUAUCGGUUAGUUCAGAGGUGCAGGGGUCUACCACUAGCACUAGUAGUCCUUGGAGGACUUGUCUCAACUAAACCAAUAACCAAUGAUGCAUGGCAGAAAGUUGUUGAGCAGAUAAAAUGGCAAUUUGAGGUAGUUGGAGAAAGAUGGUUAGAACUGCUUGCAGUGAGUUAUUAUGAUUUACCAUAUUACUUGAAGUUAUGUUUUUUCUAUUUUGGUUGCUUCGGAAAGGUCAUGGAUAUUCCUGCAAAAACAUUAAUUAGAUUGUGGUCAGGAGAAGGUGUUUUACCAAUGAGAAAUGGUAAAACCAUGGAAGAAAUUGGAAUGGAUUGCUUGGAAGAGUUAGCACAAAGAUGUUUGAUCCAAGUUACCAAGAGUAAAUAUGAUGAUAGUGUAAAGUAUUGCCAAAUCCAUGAUCUCUUGCGUGAUCUAUGCAUUCGGGAAGCCAAAGAGAGAAGAUUUCUUGAAUUCUACAAAGAUGAGACAGUUUAUGCAACUAUGUCAAAUGCAGCUCGACAUCUAAUCAUAUUUAAGCAUAUUGAGGCUCUAAACUUUUCUAACUCAAACUUGCAGGGUUUAUUCUAUGGUGACCAUGAUCCUCUGACCUUCAAAGUUCUGAAAGGACAACUCAGCAGAUUUAAAUUAUUAAGAGUGGUUUAUUUGAAUAUUCUGGAUAUAUCAGAAUUUCCAAGUGAAAUCAAAUCAUUAAUUCAUUUAAGAUAUCUUGAGUUGCAUGCUGACAAUCUGGAGGAAGUUCCUUCAUGGAUUGGUUAUCUCCACAAUCUCCAGACCUUUAUUAUCAGAAGUAAGGUUUUAGAAAUGAUACACGAUUCACUCUGGAGGAUUGAGAGUCUCAGGCAUGUUGACAUACCUACAUCAUCAUCGGCUGCUGUACCAAAUAUGGGAAAUGCGGUACCAAAGAAUUUGCAGACUUUAAAAGGUUUAACUGCUGGAUCAUGGAUUGGGAAUAUGCUGCCAAAUAUCACAAAUCUAAGCAAAUUGAAUAUUUGUGAAAUCUCUGAUGACCAUGCCAAUGCACUAUCUUCAGCAUUACCGAAAUUGGGUCGUCUUGCCUCCUUAUCUAUGGAUGGAGAUGAAAUUCCUUCGGACAAUAUCAUUAAAGCAUUUUCCAAUCAAAGCUGCCUCAAGAAAUUGUCUCUCUAUGGAAAGUUGAACCGCAAACGUCUUCCACACAAUGAUGAAUUUCCUCAACAACUAGUAAGCCUAAGUCUUAUAUAUUCUGAAUUGGAGCAUGACCCAAUGGAAACACUAGAGAAGCUUCCAUGUCUCAAGCAUCUUGAACUUGGAGAUGACUCAUAUGGAGGCAAACAGAUGAUAUGUUCCAAAGCAGGUUUCCCUCAACUGUUAUUCUUGAGCAUCAGGUGUUGUGAUGAACUUGAGAAGUGGGAGAUAGAGGAGAUGGCAAUGCCACGUCUCAAGUCUUUACAGCUUUGUUAUUGCCCAAAACUGAUGGUGAUUCCAGAAGGAUUGAAGCAUGUGCCACUUGAUCAAUUGGUAUUGAAACAUAUGCCGGACAACUGGUACAAGAUAGACGACUGGUACGAGAUGCAACAUGUGCCCAUGCCCAAAAUCUCCAUUGAAUCAUAAGGGAGAGUGACGAGUGCUUUCGGACUUCAGAGAAGCUCCAGAUUAAGAAACAAGGAAGACUGAUGCAUGAUGUUUCUUUUAAACUAUACUUUAUCUUAUGUCCGUGUGGAUGUUUGUGAUUUUAUUCAUGUGAUGUAAUUGGGUUUGGUAUUUUGUGGGUGUAUACCCUGCAGAUUACAUGUGUUUGUGGUUUUGUUCUUGUAAUGUAAUUGGAUUUAAUACUUUGUGAUUUUUUAUCUAUCUGUGUGUGACAAUAUAUAUCUCACUAUUUUUAUUA